AUGUUUGACCACAGGUGCCUUUCCUCUCUCUUUCUCUCCUAUCUUCCAUUUUCUCUCUGCCUUUUCUGCCUUUCUCUCUCUGCCUUUUCUGCCUUACUCGCAUUUCUCUCUGCUUUUUUCUUUCACUCUCUACCUUUUCUCUCUUUCGCCCUCUGCCUUUUCUUCUCUCUCUUUCGCCCUCUGCCUUUUCUUCUCUCUCUUUCGCCCUCUGCCUUUUAUUCUCUCUCUUUCGCCCUCUGCCUUUUAUUCUCUCUCUUUCGCCCUCUGCCUUUUGCUCUCUCUCUCUUUCGCCCUCUGCCUUUUGCUCUCUCUCUUUCUCUCGCCCCCUCGCCUUUUGCUCUCUCUCUCGUUCGCCCUCCGCCUUUUGCUCUCUCUCUCGUUCGCCCUCCGCCUUUUGCUCUCUCUCUCGUUCGCCCUCCGCCUUUUGCUCUCUCUCUCGUUCGCCCUCCGCCUUUUGCUCUCUCUCUCGUUAAGCCCCUCCGCCUUUUGCUCUCUCUCUCGUUAGCCCUCCGCCUUUGCUCUCUCUCUCGUUCGCCCUCCGCCUUUUGCUCUCUCUCUCGUUCGCCCUCCGCCUUUUGCUCUCUCUCGUUAGCCCUCCGCCUUUGCUCUCUCUCUCUCGUUCGCCCCUCCGCCUUUUGCUCUCUCUCUCCCCUCUCUCUCUCUCUCGUUAGCCCCUCCGCCUUUUCUCUCUCUCUCUCUCCGUUUUCUCUCUCUCUCGUUAGCCUCCUUUUCUCUCUCUUUUUCUCUCUCUCUCUCUCUCUCUUUUUAGCCCUCCGCCUUUUCUCUCUCUCUCUCUCUCUUAAGCCCUCCGCCUUUUCUCUCUCUCUCUCUCUCUCGUUAGCCCCUCCGCCUUUCUCUCUCUCUCUCUCUCUCGUUCGCCCUCCGCCUUUUCUCUCUCUCUCUCUCUCGUUCGCCCUCCGCCUUUUCUCUCUCUCUCUCUCUCCCCCUCCGCCUUUUCUCUCUCUCUCUCUCUUCGUUCGCCCUCCGCCUUUUCUCUCUCUCUCUCUCCCCCUCCGCCUUUUUUCUCUCUCUCUCUCUCAUUCGCCCUCCGCCUUUUUCUCUCUCUCUCUCUCUCUCGUUCGCCUCCCUUUUUUCUCUCUCUCUCUCUCUCUAGUUAGCCCUCCGCCUUUUCUCUCUCUCUCUCUCUCUCGUUCCUCCUUUUUUCUCUCUCUCUCUCUCUCUCUCGUUCGCCCUCCGCCUUUUUCUCUCUCUCUCUCUCUCUCGUUCGCCCUCCGCCUUUUCUCUCUCUCUCUCUCUCUCGUUAGCCCUCCGCCUUUUCUCUCUCUCUCUCUCGUGUUAGCCCCUCCGCCUUUUCUCUCUCUCUCUCUCGUUCGCCCUCCCGCCUUUUUCUCUCUCUCUCUCUCUCUCUCGCUCUCCGCCUGUUCUCUCCUUCUCCCUAUUCUCCCCGUUCUCUCUCCUCUCUACCCCUCUCCACUGUCCUCUCUCUCUCCCCACCCGUUCUCUCUCUCCCCACCCGUUCUCUCUCUCUCCUUCUCUCUCUCUCUCUCCCCAUUCUCGUUCUCUCUCUCUGUUCCUCUCUCCCCGUUCUCUCCUCCCACCGUUCUUUCUUUCUCUCUCUUUCUCUCCCCCCAUCCCUUUUUGUUCACUCUGAACUCAAGACUGACUUUAUUCAUAAUGGAAGUUAUUCCUCUUUUACCUUCUCUAAUAUAUUCAUUUCAUCCUGCAUUUUGUGUUUCAUUCAAAUAUCUAUUUCUGCUACAAUAUUUCGAUGAUUCUGUUAGAAUUUAUAACCUGUUUAUUUUUUUCUAUUUCACUCUUCCCCUUUCUCGCCAUCCUUUUUUAUCCCACACACUCUCCCUUUUCUCAGCCCUUUUUUUUUCAUUCUCUUUCUUUCUCUGUUUCUGUCUUUCUUUUUCUCAGCCUUUUUUUCUUUUUUCCUGUCUCUCUUUUUCUCAGCCCUUUUUUCUCUUUUCCUAUCUCCCUUUUUCUCAGCCCUUUUUUCUUUCUUCCCAUCUCUUUUUUUCUCAGCCCUUUUUUCUUCAUGUCUCCCUCUUUUCUCCCAAACCUUUUUCUUUCUCUCAGUCUCUUUUCCCUUUUUUGACCACUUCUUUUUUUCUUUUUCUAUACCCAAUUCCUCUUUUAUUUUCUCUACUUUUACAGCAUCUUUAUUUUCAUAUUGUCUUCUCUCUCCUCUUUUUUUUUACUCUUGUCUCUCUCUCCUUGUCUCUUUUUUUUACUCUUGUCUCUCUCUCUCCUUGUCUCUUCUCCUCUUUGUCUCUCUCUCCUCUUUUUUACUCUUGUCUCUCUCUCCUCUUUUUACUCUUGUCUCUCUCUCCUCUUUUUUACUCUUGUCUCUCUCUCCCUCUUUUUUACUCUUGUCUCUCUCUCCUCUUUUUUACUCUUGUCUGUCUCUCUCUCCUCUUUUUACUCUUGUCUCUCUCUCCUCUUUUUACUCUUGUCUCUCUCUCCUCUUGUCUCUCUCUCCUCUUUUUACUCUUGUCUCUCUCUCCUCUUUUUACUCUUGUCUCUCUCUCCUCUUUUUACUCUUGUCUCUCUCUCCUCUUUUUACUCUUGUCUCUCUCUCCUCUUUUUUACUCUUCUCUCCUCUUUUUUGUCUCUCUCUCCUCUUUUUUACUCUUGUCUCUCUCUCCUCUUUUUACUCUUGUCUCUCUCUCCUCUUUUACUUUUUCCUCUCUCUUGUCUCUCUCUCCUCUUUUUACUCUUGUCUCUCUCUCUCUUUUUUACUCUUGUCUCUCUCUUUUUUUACUCUUGUCUCUCUCUCCUCUUUUUACUCUUGUCUCUCUCUCCUUUUUACUCUUGUCUCUCUCUCCUUUUUUUUGUCUCUCUCUCUCUUUUUUACUCUUGUCUCUCUUUUUUUACUCUUGUCUCUCUCUCCUCUUUUUACUCUUGUCUCUCUCUCCUCUUUUUACUCUUGUCUCUCUCUCCUCUUUUUACUCUUGUCUCUCUCUCCUUACUUUUUGA